AUGCAGAACAAUGGAAGAAAGAAAGAACAAAGAAGGAGAGAAAGAAGAGUAGUGAGAGAGAAAGAGGAGGAGAGGAGAGAAGAUGGGAAAGAGAAUGAGGGGAAGAGGAGAAAAGAAAGAAAAAAGAAAAGAGAGAAAGACGAGAAUGAGAGAAUGAGAGAUGAUGCCAAAAGGAACGGCGAGACUGAGAGCAAGGCGGCUUCAAAGCGGAGAGCCGUAUGUAUGGUAUUACCUAUAUUGGCCACUGCAUCAUGCUGUUCUGGGCGCAGUAGUGGCGAUGCAGCAUCAUCAUCUCAGCAUCUCAAGACCGUCGUCUGGGCUGUUGCAUUCGUCCAUGGGAUGGUUGGCUCUGGUUCUGGGAGACCCCUGCCAUCAAUCUGA